AUGUGGAUGUUUUCUUGGCUUUGUGCCAUUUUAAUUAUUUUGGUGAUUGCUGGUAUGGACACAGUAGCAAAGACCACACCACAUACUAAAUUUACGAAGAAAUCUGAGGAAAAAGAUAUGCUGAAGAGUCUCAAGCCGUCCAGUGGCCCAACUCCAGAAGAAAAGGAAAUUCCUUUCAUGGAAGCAGCUGAAAUGACAGAAGCAACCCCCAGCCCUCCAGCCCCAGAGUCUGCCUUCGAUGCUGCCACUCUCUUCCCCUUUAAAAACUUCACUCUUGACACGGCUGAUAUCUUUUUGAACUGCUGUGAUUGUUGUUCAUUUGUACCAGGGCCAAAAGGAGAACCCGGAGAGACUGGAAAGCCAGGUCUUAAGGGAGAGGCUGGUGAUUUGGGGAUCCCAGGGCCACCAGGAGUUGUCGGACCCCAAGGUCCAAAAGGCCAGAAAGGAGAGAAGGGACUAAAGGGAGAACGUGGGGACCCAGGAACAAGUGGAGUUCCAGGAUACCCAGGAAAACCUGGAGAACCAGGUGGCCUUGGUCCUAAAGGGGAUAGAGGAAACAUUGGACCAGCGGGAGUGAAAGGACAAAAAGGCUCCAAGGGGGACAUGUGUGCAAAUGGUACCCAAGGAGAUAAAGGAGACCAGGGGGCUGUGGGCUCACCAGGCUUGAAUGGAGAGCCUGGGGCCAAGGGGGAGAAGGGCGAGAUGGGGGAUAAGGGCUACUGUGGAGAGUCUGGGGAGAGGGGAGGAAAAGGAGAAAAAGGUGAGGAGGGUCUGAAAGGAGAAAAAGGUAGCAAAGGAGAUACUGGAACAGAAGGUAAAGGUGGCCCAGAUGGCCUGCCUGGGGCCCCAGGGGAUCCAGGGGUUAAAGGAGAAAAGGGAGAGUUAGGUCUGCCUGGUCCUAUGGGACCCGCGGGGCCAAAAGGUGAGCUUGGGAGCAAAGGAGUCCGGGGAUCUAUUGGCAAGAAGGGCUCUCGGGGCCUCAAAGGCUCUAAGGGGGAGGUGGCCAGAGCUAUGCGGUCAGCUUUCAGUGCUGCCUUAUCCAAGCCUUUCCCUCCUCCCAACAUCCCUAUCAAGUUUGACAAGGUUCUCUAUAAUGACCAAGGAAAUUACAGCCCCAUCACUGGCAAAUUUAACUGUAGUAUUCCUGGGGCAUAUGUUUUUUCCUAUCACGUCACUGUGAGGGGUCGACCUGCUCGCAUCAGCCUGGUGGCCUGGAAUAAGAAGCGGUUCAAGUCCCGAGAAACGCUCUAUGGUCAUGAAAUAGACCAGGCCUCUCUCCUCAUCAUCCUGAAAUUAAGUGCAGGGGACCAAGUCUGGUUGGAAGUUUCAAAAGAUUGGAAUGGUGUAUAUGUCAGCCCUGAGGAUGACAGCAUUUUUACUGGGUUCCUUUUGUACCCAGAGGAAAAUUCUGGAAUUUCACCAUAAACUUGUGUCUUGGACACUGUAGUUUGGGUUCAGUGGAAUAAGUCGGCGACAUAAGGUAAUGCAAUUAAAAAGAAUAACUUUUAUUACUUUUUUCAUAAUUAUAAAAAAUGCAAAAAACGUAAGAAAAAAUUGUAUCACGUAGAGUCAAUUACUAUAAGUAUUUUAAGACAUCACCUUUUCUUAAAAAUUAAAAAAAAUUUUUUUUAGACAGCAAGAGAAGGAGAAUGGGGAAGGGGCAGAGGGAGAGGG